GCAUGAAUGGCUGUGUGGGCCUCUUGAUGAAAGGAGGGGGGUGGCUAAAGGGGCGGAGCUUUAUUGACAAAUGUGUUUUCAGACGCUGACUGACAACAAAAGUAGUUCGUUCGCCUCAGAAUGAGCUCCAGUUUUGUUUAUGUAAAAGUUGACGGAAUAAAAGUGGACUGACCGGACCGGGACAUGUAUGUUCUCUGGACGUGCCUGGUUCUCGUUGUGGGUCCGUGUGGGAGCGGGCACGCGGCCGGUCGGCUGCCCGCGAGCGCGGACCCUUCUCAGCAUGCUGAUGACGGCAACCUUUCACGCGGGGGUCACGUGGGCGAGGAGCCCCUUCACCACCGGGAAGAAGCAGGCUCCUCCUUCAACCUGAGGGUCCAGGUAAAUGACCUAUUGAGCCAGCAGCACCUGAGUCAGGCGGUCGUGGAGGUCUUCCUCAACUAUACCCGGAACAGCACGGCUCUGAGUGGAGAGGACGGCAGAGCUUUGCUUCAUGUCCCUUUCCAUUUAGGGCUGCCAAGUACAGUUUUGGUCAGCAAGACCGGCUACAUCCCUUCACUCCUGUCAUGUAAAACCAGCAGCGUUCCAUUGUUUUCAUCAGUAACAAUGUCAUUGCUCGGCCUGAACCAGGGGAACAUGUGGCUUUUUGAAGACUACGCGGUGAUCACUGGAAAAGCAGCUGACUCUUCAUCCCAGCCUAACAUCCGAUUUCCCAAGAGUCUCCUGAAUGUGCCGGGCAUCAUGAAUUUCACCUCAGUGAAAGCCUACCUGACCGUCCCUCAGUUAAAGUCGGAGCUGGAGAGCUUUCCAAGCACGGUGGGCGUCAUGGACAGCAAAUCUAGAUAUGUCAGUGUGGAGCUGAGGCCGCUGGCGGCUGUCAGCGUGCAGCUCUUCUCCGGAGACACGGAGCUGCAGAUAAACGGGCCCGUGCAGAUCAGCCUCCCGCUUCCUGAUGGCUUUGGACAACACACUUCAAAAAGUGUUCCAGCGUGGUUUCUGAACAGGACUACAGGUGCGUGGAUGAAAAAAGGACUUGGCCAGAUCGUCCUGAUGGAGGGAAAACCCGUAUGGACGUUCACGGCUCCUCACCUGGGAUACUGGGUGGCAGCAUCCACCUCAUCCUCCAGAGGGUUUUUCCGACUCUCUGUCUUCAUUGAUUUCAUCUCACAACAUACGUUUUUCUUGAUGGUUCUUCUCGGAGGGAUGCUUCUCGCCACCGUCUGCCUUUUGCUUGGCCUGUUACACCUCUGCAGAAGGGAGGUCGGUGGGGAGAAAGCUCUGAAGCUCACAGUAGUGAGGAAAAAGGACCAGAGCACGUCCACAUCGUGGGAUGAAGCAUCUCCAGGACACGUUUACCCUCACCAGCAGCAGGACCAGAACGAUGCCUCCUUUAUUCCUGUGAAUGACAGCAGCGUGAUCCGUAACCCCGCCGCCGUGGCUGUGACGGUGGACUGUGACGACGUGGAGCGAGAUGCAAAUCUGCGCGAUCGGACGGUUUUCUUGUCGGAGCAAGUCCAAACUGCGGCGUCUCUGGUGGAGAGUUUGUUUUUCUACAAUCAGCCGGUGGCCAUCCUUCCUGCUCCGGGAUUCCUCCACGUGGAGGAGCGAACGCAGAGGAAUAAAUCAGCCACUCUGCCGCGAGCUGGCACUGGAGCUGCAGAGGUUAGAAGUAAGGACGGCCUCGCCACGUCUCUGCCUAAAAAUCCGACAGAGGAAGCAGAGGAUCAGCCUGGAGCUUCAGAGGAUCCAAACCCCAGAAGUCCCUUUCCGGAGUCAGCCUCAGUACCGGGAACGUUGAGCAAAAUCGGGCAAAGCAGGAAAUCAGGGGACACAGCAGCAGGAUUUUCUAAAAACCCAUCACCUCAGCUUCCUCGGGCCUGGUUUGUGUCGCUGGAGGGGAAACCCGCCGCCGAGAUCCACCACGCCACGGCAGAGCAGCAGAGGAGGCGGCGGCCGGCUGAGAGCCGAGACACCAGCUUGGACUCGGGGGUAGACAUGAGCGAACUGAACGCAGCUCCUGUGAGGAGAGCCGGAACGCUGGAGCGGAGGGCCACCUUUGUCAAACGCUCGUCCCAACAGUGAACAAACACCCUCAUAAUUGCAAAGGAUGAUGGGAGAAAAGACCCCACGCCUGCUGACGUGUUACUCAAAUGAUUUCCAAUCUAACAAAUCAACUAUCAGCCUAAGAAACGUAACAAAGACUAACAUAUAAUAACCGUUUUAUUGUGAUUUUCUUCAUCAGCAUUUGUGUUUGUCACUUUGUUAGUUUAACGAUUUACUCUGAUUAUCUUUUGAUCUAUUUCUAAAGCGUUCCCAGUCGUCUUUUAAUUAUGAUUAUGCUACUUUUAGCCAAAAUAAUGAAAAAAAACCCUGUGUCCUUUUCUAGGAUAUAAUUCCUGCAGAAGAUCAUCAGAAAUUAGACUGUUGGAGGAGCAACCCCGCCCCCUUCCCCGUUGUUGAAAGCUCGGAGUAGGGAGCUUGUGGCCCACCCAGCAUAUUUUUUACGUCACAAAUACUAUCAUUUUUAAACUGUUUUUUUUAUGUCUGCUCCUGAUU